UUUCCAAAAUUCUCUAAAGACAUUGUAUCAUAUUUCUUUGAUCUUUCUUCCUCGGAUCUGAUAAAAAGGUCAUACUGAAUUUUCUUUCCUAAUAUCAACACUUGGCUUAUCGAGUCUCUAUUGUGACUGGAGAUUUUGAUGCCCUCUUGGUACCCCUGUUACAGUCAGACUUCAAAAGUUCGACCGUCUACACAGUUCAAACAGUCUGCGGUGGAAAAUGGACCCCCAAACAGACAACUUACUUGAAGACAACGAAAUAAUAAGUAUAGUAAAAUCUUGCGCACUGGACAGAAAAUAUGAAUUGCUUUCAAUGUUUUUGGACUCUUUGGAUGAGAAGAGGAAAGAAAAUUUGAUGCGAUACGAUGAAUAUUGCCGAGCUCUGAUUGCCUUGAAUUUAGAGAAAAGGGAGUUCGAGACAGUUUACCGCAUUAUAGAAACGGGCCAUUUCGGUCAUACAGAAGACUUGAUAGAAGUUUGGGAUCAGGCCCAUUACAGAGAACGGGAGGCCAUCACCCACAGACCCCUGAACUCCUUGAUGAGGUUCAGGAUUCGCAAAAAAUUCCCACCACCAAGAAAUAUUUGUCCUUCUGGGGAGCGACUUCAACACAAACUGCCAGAGGGUGCAAAGGAGACCUUAAAAAACUGGUUUUCUCGCCAUGCAAACAACCCUUACCCCUCCAAGCUGCAGAGGGAAGAUUUGUGUAAGGCAACAGGUCUAACAGAUAAUCAGGUAAAGACUUGGUUUUCAAAUGCCAGACGUAAAGUGAAACAAGACUCUUUUGAAAAGGAAAAGGCACCGUCAAAGGACUCUACACGGGCUGUCCCGUCAGAAUCAGUAAAGCCUCAGUUUUAUCUGAGACCCAGCAAUGCAGCAACAUUUGAAAAUGAGAAGUGGUCCAGAGAUUGGAUUGAUACCAGUCCAUUGCAGAAUUUACAGGAAUGGCAAAAAAAAUCCCUGGGGAGUCCCAGCAUGUCCCUCCCAUUUCAAUAUCAGGAUGCCAGUCCAUCAUAUGAAAUGAGAUUUUGGCCCACUGAAGAUUAUCAAACUUAUAGCAUCAAGGAUUCGGUAUUUCCUGUGAAUUUUCCCCAGUAUGCAGCAGAGUCUUGUUACUAUGGUGAAUCCUUUAGUCAACCUUUGACCUACCAAACAUCAGUUCCAAGCCAGUGUUUAAGACCAUGUUGUCUAAGAGAUUCAUAUGAUGCCUCCAUUCGCUAUCAGUACAGUAACACAGAAGUACAGCCUGGUGAUACAGAGGCAGCUUUGAUGUUAUUGGAUUUACAGAGGCCUCUAGUCUCUGGAGGAAUGGCUCCACAAACCAGGAGCUGAGGCGUACACAUCAGAUCAAGUUUUCAUAUUUUAGGCCUUUUUUUUUCAUUCAAAGAAUUAAUUUAUUGUGUUAUGUUUUAUUUUAUUAAAUGUAUCAGGUAUCAAAUGCUGGAACUUUACUGUACACUAAAUACUAGAUGAAUGACUGUUAGAUACCUUACAUAUACCUUGUAUACUCUUGAUCAAAAGACUUUCUGCAAUCUAGCUACUGUUCAAAUGCAUGUGAUAGCCUGAUUAAUGGGAAUUGAGCAUCAAAUCACACUUCUAGCAUGCUUGAGUGUGUCACCGAAGGCUCAGAUUUUAAGUUUUCGCAUGUCCAAUGACAAAUCUUGGAACAUCUAAUACAUUUCUCAAGAAAUUUCAGUACAUAAUCAAAGAAUCUAAGCUUUGUUAUAAUUUUUCUCCAAAAUCCUACUUAAUGGUGAUGGCCAACUGUUAAUCAUACUGUAAAAAAUGUAUUGUUACUUUUUGAGGCAAUUUCAAGAUGAUUAUCACAAUGUUUGAUUGCAUGGCUAAGCAUUUUGGAUUUCUUAUUCACUCAUUAUAAACACAUCACCUUGCAGAUGCAUGUAUCAAUAAACUGAAGAGUUGGAGUUGUCUCUUCUUUCUAUAUUUAUAGUAUAGAUGUUGUCUCUGCUCUCUAUAUUUAUAGUAUAGAUGUUGUCUCUGCUCUCUAUAUUUGUAGUAUAGAUGUUGUCUCUGCUCUCUAUAUUUAUAGUAUAGAUGUUGUCUCUGCUCUCUAUAUUUAUAGUAUAGAUGUUGUCUCUGCUCUCUAUAUUUGUAGUAUAGAUGUUGUCUCUGCUCUCUAUAUUUGUAGUAUAGAUGUUGUCUCUGCUCUCUAUAUUUGUAGUAUAGAUGUUGUCUCUGCUCUCUAUAUUUGUAGUAUAGAUGUUGUCUCUGCUCUCUAUAUUUGUAGUAUAGAUGUUGUCUCUGCUCUCUAUAUUUAUAGUAUAGAUGUUGUCUCUGCUCUCUAUAUUUAUUGUAUAGAUGUUGUCUCUGCUCUCUAUAUUUAUAGUAUAGAUGUUGUCUCUGCUCUCUAUAUUUAUUGUAUUAAAGAUGUUGUCUCUGCUCUCUAUAGUAUAGAUGUAUGUUGUUUAUAUACCUCGUUCACACGAAGAAUUUAAUUCACAUUAAACGUAAGUUAAUGCGAAUUAAAUCUGAACCGCGUUCACACAGAGAUUUUAAUGCGCAUUAGUUUACUUCAGAUUAAAAUUGACGUCGCGAUUUAUUGUGUAUUAAAUUUACUUCGCAUUAGCUCCGUGUGAACGCUAAGUGAAGCUAAUUCGCAUUAAAUGUACACGCAUGCGUAAUGGCAAAUUUGGGUCACAUGCAUCAUACCCGUGGUCAGCUAUAUAUAUCAAUGUUAGUUUUGUGCGAAAAACUAAUCAAAAUGAUAGUAAUCACUAAAAUACCUGUACAAACAGCAUGUCAUUAGAUAAUGUCAGACGUAGAACAGGUAUUCUAUAAAUACGGUAACCAAUCAGAUUGGCAGUCUACAUAACAAACACCAGAUAAACACGUGUUCGAUAGAUACACGUGUUAUGAUAACUUCAAUAAAUACAUUUUUACAUUUAAACAAAUAUGCCGCUUGAUCAUUGUUGAAUUUCUUUAAACCAUAUGACGUCAUAUUUAUUUAUUGUGCGCACUCUUUAAUAGAGAUGCAAUCGAAUUUAAUGCACAUUAGUUUACUUCACAUCAAAUAUUAUCGCUGUGUGAACGCUAUUUAAUUCGAAUUAAUUUAAUGCGCAUUAUUUUACUUCGCAUCAAAAAUUUAAUGCGCAUCCGUGUGAACGAGGCAAUAGUGUAGAUGUUGUUAGGUUUUGCUAUGUGAUUGUUAAUCAGUUGUGUUACUCAGGUUAGUAUGGAAGCAGGUAAAUGCCAGGGUAGUAUCAAUCUAACUGGUGGCCACCAUUUAAUUUCACUGAUACGGUCGCCACUUAUUUAACUUGCAGCUGCCACUUAUUGCAACUGAUAGCUUCUACUUUAUUUGUAUGGCUGCCAUUUUUAUCUGGCAUUACCUGACUUAACAACACUUUCUAUCUUUGAGAUAGCACAAUUUAAUUUCUUAAGAUAGCCUAAAAGUCCUUGAACUUUUGCGCUGUAAUUGAACAGGACUCCCUGUGACCCCGUUAGACUUUGAUGUCAAGGUCACACAUUCAUGUUCUCCAGAUGCUUUAAUUUUCUUUAAGCUUUUGAAUUGCAACUUUAUAUGAUGUCUUUCUAUCUACCCGAUUUUUAGACCAGAUGGUCAAAGUCACAAAUUCUAUUUGUAAGUUAAAUUAUAAUGAUUUCUGGAUGAUAGCUUUAGUAUUCUUUGAGAUUAUGCAAUGAAUUCAUAGUGGCUCCCAUUUAAUUUGCAGUCACCAAAUCAGUUAAAUGGAGUGGCGGCCAACAGUUGAAUUAAUAUUAAUUUUCUACCCUGCCACCUUCUGGCUUCCGUAGGUUAGUAUUUGCCCAUAGGCUUCUUCAAUUUGUUAUUUUGUAUUUAAACAUAAGCUUAUUUUAUACAGUGUAUGACAACACACUUUGUUCAUAAUGAAUUUAUAAGUUCUUGUAUAUAUCCAUGUGAUCAUUAUUGAGUGUUUUAGCUUUAAGAUUGCUAUUUAUUUAAAUUAAUUAUUAUAAUAUUUAUUGCUCUUGAAAGAAAUAAAGAUUAUUUCAAAGC